AUGGAGGCCUCACAACCGGAAGGACAACCCAAAAACCUGGAAAUUGGCCAAAACUGCUCCCCCCCCCUAUCUGAACUGGUGAAUGAUUUAACGGCAGCCCUCAACUUGGUGCAGCAGAUCCAAAAUUUGGAGCAGUGUGUGUUGACCCACAACACGGUCAGUUUGGGAGCCGACCAAAGUCAGCAUGUUCUGAACGUGACUUCACAGUUGGCAGUAGAAAGAAGUACAUAUGGCGGCAAACGGAAUCCCGACCGGCUUUCGGAAAAUGGGUCCUCCAAAAACUUCUGUCUUCUGAAGUUCUGUCUCAGGACACACUCCACAUUUGACGGAACAAUCUCCGAGCAGGUGAAGGGAACAAUAAUGGGUUCACCGAUUUCUGGACUCAUACCCGACGUGGUCCUAAAGCGGUUGGAUUCGCUGGUCUUCCAAAAACACAGACCGAAAUUCUGGGCACGGAAGAGGAUCUACGUCCUCUUCGAACGGGAUCAGGUGCUCAUGUUCAAGGAACGUCUCAACAGCGUCUUCCAGGACAUACUAUUUACAAUGCAAGAGGAGAAGAACAAUCAGCUGGCCUUCUUUGAUAUCCUCGUUUGUGCGAUUUUGUUGCCCAUCUCGUUUGCGCAAGCAUCGGUUGACGAAGUUGCGUGGGUAGCCAUUUUCUCUGAACACCCGUCGAAGAUAUGGUAUUUCGGCAACUUUGUCUUCUGGUUCACUGCAGUGCGUCUCAAUAUGCUGAUAAAGCGUCCUUACGCAACUGCCACCACAAUCUUUGCGACAAACGAGGACAUCAAAGAAGGCCAGCUGGUUGUUCUUUUCCUCUUGCAUCGUAAAUUUUAUGUCUUGGAAGACGCUGUUGAGACGUUCCUUGAGCAUGAGCACCUCAUCCCGUUCGAAGAGGACGUAGAUCCUCUUCCGCGCCCAGAAUUUCGGUCUGUGGUUUUUGAAGACCAGUGA